UCCCAGAAAUAAUUGUCCCUUGGUGGUCACCAAUAAUUGAGAAAGCUGCGGCCAAGCGAAACCGUAUAUAUAAAAUACUUGCUUCAACAAUUUCUCUCCUCAGUUUCGUUAGAGACGAUAAAGUCAACCGAAGUCAUGGGAUUUUUGAAAUUGGGAUUGAUAUUCUUUUGUGGAAUCUGUAUGGUAAUGGGCGGAACACGUUAUAUUGCAAUUCCCAUCGAAGGAAUCGACGUCAUCGAGCUGAAUCCAAUUUCUCCACCCUCGUCUAGACUCCCACGCGAAACGGAGACUUACGUGCCAGUGGCAGUUUCUAAUAUCCAUCCUGACAGUAUUGAAAAUCCGGUCCAGAGAACUGAGAGAUCAUCAGCUCAUAUUCUUGACUAUGUUGAUUUUGGCGCACACACAGGAGCCAAUGGAGCUUACACUUGGUACACCGAUUAUCCAGCGCGUCAUUAAAUCCAAUUAUUAAAUGAAAAGAGAAAAAAAAUAACUUCUACUCUUUAAAUAUUCAUGGAAAAAUUUUGUUUCCACAUGGAAGAACAUCGUAUUAUCUCUAAAUAAAUGCGUGGGCUAUUAAUUUACACAAAAUCAAUAAGAUAGAGAGAUAAAAAAAAAAUUAUGAAAAAAAUAGUAACUACUUUUUAUAUAUAUAAAAAAUAUAAAAUUAUAAUAUUUUGGAAUAAUAAAAAAGGAGAAAAUCAAA